AUGGCGUCCUUGUCGCAGAGGUGCAUGCUGCCUGAGGUCGUGGCGUUUUACUUCCCGAAGCUGGUGGACCUCCACAACUACGCUGCUGCUAAUGCGGUGGGCCAGAAAACGUACAACUGGAACACAUUAAAUGAAAAGGUUCUGAAAAAGAUGCAGUACCAAAUUCCAAAGGCAGACGUGGACGCGGUGGUGCAGUGCAAGCCGGGAGCGAUCGAGAAGGUUUUGUACACGCUGCAGCUGAAAAUGGCCCAGUAUCGAGAGCGAUGUAAAGCUGGCUGGGGAGCUUCCUCUUCUUCCCGAUCAGAGCAGGAUGCGAAAACCUCCGGCGGAAGCGGUGGGGUGGGGAUGGAAGUUGCGAUGUCCCCCGAGGACAAGCAGGCGCUGGCGGACAGAGAGGAGGAGACUCAGGAACUCCGGGAGACGAACGAACUACUCCGUCUCAAGAUUACCAAGCUCGAGCAGCUGCUGCGCCUCAAAGACGCAAAGAUCCAGAGACUAACGGAAGCCGCGGAGGCUGGGGGAAUGCUGCCAUAG